UUUUUUUUUAAAAAAAAGAACUUGUUUUUCAGGAAUUCAUGAUGAAGAACCUUUUUGUGUCUCUCUUACUUGUCUCUGUUCUGUUUAUGAACAGCUUCUCAAAAGUGCAGGGAGGGCAAUGGAAAGGUGAAGGUACAACACAAAAUCUGGAAAGUAUUGUCAUUGGAAGAUGCUAUGACUAUAUUAGGAUUGUGAAUCCUGCUGUGGGGGAGAAAAACUGUUCAGAGAUAUGGGAAGCAUUUAAAAAUGCAUUUAUUAGCAAGGAUCCUUGCAACAUUCUACCUAAGGACUACGAAUUAUUUAUCAACCUGUCAUUGCACACAAUUCCACCUAACAAGUCUCUCUUCUGGGAAAAUAAUCAUCUGCUAGUCAACAGCUUUGCUAGCAGGGGCCGGCGCUACAUGUCUCUGGCUGAUACUCUGUUUGGCUUCUUUGGAGAUUUUCUAAACUGGUGUGGGCAGGCAAACAGCAUUGAACUGGACUAUGAAUCCUGCCCUACCACAGAGGAAUGUGAAAACAACGCAGUGGAAUCUUUCUGGAGGAUGGCCUCAAUCACUUAUGCACAGCACAGUUCUGGGGUGAUACAUAUCUUGUUGAAUGGUUCUGCAGUUGGAGGAGCUUAUCCAGAGCCAGGUUUUUUUGCAGAUUAUGAAAUACCUAAUCUUCAGAAAGACAAAAUCUCACAAAUUGCCAUCUGGGUUGUGGAUGAUAUUGAAGGACCAGAUACAGAUUCCUGUGGAACUCAUACUGUAGAGAAACUAGAAAACAGAUUGAAAACCCUUGGUUAUGAUGUCAUCUGCACUGACAAUUACAAGUCUGUAAUGUUCUUACUUUGUGUGGAUUAUCCUGAUGAUUCUAAGUGUACCCUUUCAUCGUUUUAAACCAUUUCCCUCAAAGUUUUGUGAGGAAACCUGGAUGAGAAGGCUUUUGGAAACCAUUAAUGUCUUUUUCCUUUCACCUAAGGGAUGAGAAUACCAGUUCUCCAGUGUUACCACAUAACGCUUGCAGUAUGUAAACCGGGGAGCAGCCACCCCUUCAUUUCCAUCCACAUUGGUCCUUAAAUUAACCUAAUCACUAGUGUAUUCUAAGCACCAGUCUCAUACUCUCCUGGGGUAGCUACUAAGCAGCUCAGCUAUCAUCCUCCUUAGGAAGUUUCUUUGCUUCUUGCCUUCCUGAGCCUUCUGUCCCCUCCUGUAUAGAUGGCAGUGCAAGAGGCUUGAUUCACUUCUUACCUAUGCUAUCCCUAAUCGGGUCAGAGUCUGAAUGCUAUCAUUGCCUUUCCCUGAAAUUUACAUAGCUAAAAUACUUCAAGCCAAUGAAUACUUGCACUCUUCCCCAAAUCACUUCUCUGCAAUAAAUAACACUGCCAUUGAAAUUAGCUGCCCUUAUGCAGAUGUAUAUAAAUUAUUUGAUGAUUAUCUUCUAGAUCUGUCUUCUCUGUGGAUGGAUCUCUGCUUUCUGACAGUCCAUUAACUGAUAUGGGAACAGUUUGGUCAGUAGGGACGUCACUAUUAAGAACAUGUUAUCUGUCAAAAAAGGUUUCCCUUGUAGUGUGUGCUCAGUGUAUACACUUCUAGAGUAAAUAGUGAGACUAGGUAUGCAGGCUCUGUUACAUCCCCUUUCACAAUGGCUAUUUGCUGUUACAGUAUUAAUAGCUGCCUUCUCAGCCUCUGGAGAAUAAUGUCCCGAGCCACAAAACAAAGUUGUCCAAGUGACAUUUUUUGUUUCCACAAUUCCUGUUACAUUGGGAUACCAAAGGAGAAGGCUGUGUCAGGGUAGCAGAGGGAUGGCCUAGAAGGUGCAGUAAUAUACCUGGAGCUUCUUGGGUAGCAAUAGUGGCUCUUAACUCCUCUGCAAACUUGAUCUAUGGCCCUGUUGAGUUAAAAUUUGGAUUUGGGCUUCUUGUCGCCCUGGUAUUUGCAGAAAACUUGUAAAUAAAAAACUACCCACUAGAUGGCAUAGAUGGCUUACAAACAUGAGUAGAAAGGAAGCCAGAUGCAACCUAUUAGUAGAGGUAUUUAUUACUUGCAUUAUUGCAAUGUCAGGGGGGGGCUUAGAAAUGGAUCUGGAUACUGUUGAAUCAACUGCUGUAAAAAUAGACCUCUAGGACCACUGCUGUCUAGAACUGCUUUAUACAAUCUCAAGCAUAAGGCCAGAGACAGUAAAUGGAUGUGGAGAAACAAGGAGGAUUGGGUAUUCGGGUAGAAAGAAGCGUUCCCAGGGCUUUUUUUGCACAAAUAUCCUGUUUAUAACAUUGUGACAGCCAAAGGGAAUCUGGUGACAAGCUCUUACAAAGAAACUUCUAGCUUAGCACUUGGACUGCAAACUUCAUCCUUGGCUACAACCGCCUGAUAUUUAAAAGAAUCCUAACUCAGCUCUGUGCUGUGAACAUCCUGUUUGUUUUUUUUUCUUUAGAUCUUCACCAGCAGCACAAAGAGGACCUAUAUCUUCAGACAAAGGAGGCAGCUGGAACAAGCUCAUGUUUGUUUCUUUUGUAAGCUUUUUGUUCAGAUUUGCUUUAGUGUACUAAGUUAAUCAACUACAUCCAUAUCCUCUGUUUGCCUUAGCUGGCUAUAAAUUUGGCUUCAACUAAUUUCUAAAUGCAGUUUCACCCUAUUUCUUGGACUACCACACCUGCAUAUUUAAACCAUACAUACUUCUAUUCAAAUACCAACUACUGUUGGUAUAAAAAAUUAUUCUACUGCCGCUAGAAAGCCUCACCCUUUAUUUCCUUUUCUUGAGUCCAUUGCUCUUUCCUUUUAUUCUGCAGAAUUAAACUGAGAAUAAUACUUCCUAUUAAUGUAUUGCAAAAAGAUAAGUGAAACUGUGCUUGUCAUACAUCUUCCACACAGCUUGUUUGUGAAAUCAAUCCUAGCAUUUGGCCUUGGAAACUUAAUGUCUGAUUAUUGUGUUUAGGGAAGUAGAAAUACAAAUUCAGAUGGAAGAGAGCUUUGAUCGCUCAAUAAGUGGUCCAGAACUUGAGCCAAACUUAUCUGAAACUGUUGUACAAUAAGAUUCUGGCUUGCAUAUUUGCACAUAGUAUUUUCCCACUUAAUAUCGAUUGCUUCAUCAUCCACACAGCUGUUCUUCAGCUGGUUACUUUCUGGCCAUGGCAUAGCCUAUAGUCAGGAAAACCAGCUCUAGAAAGUUCCACAUUUUUUCCAUGAUGAUGUGAUGGUUGAUCAUCGUGAAUGUGAUUUAUGGCAUAUCAAAUUCAGACAAGAACCUGCCAAGUCAGGCAUCUGCCUGCUUGCAGUGAACUCAGUUAGCAUGCUUCAGAAUAUAUUGAGGAGAGAGCAGAUGCCAUCUUGAAGGUCCCUUAAAUUACUUUUGUGAAUUAUCUAAGAAUUCCAACUAGUUAUUCCUCUAAACCGCCAAGAAAUGCAGCUACCAAGAUGACACAUAAAUCUUUGGAAAAAAUUAUUGUUCUUCUAGAAAAUAACUUUAAGUAGAAUUCUGUUGCACAUUUUGUUAGGUUCUGUGUUAUUUAUAUGUGUUGUCAGAAAAUGGGAUAGGAUGUUCCUGUUAUCUCAGUACAUCUGAUUUAGGGCUCCAUAGUAGAUCUGCAUCCUUUCAGUCCCUGGUACAACAAUAUCACAUUGUAUGUUUGAAAGAUAAACUACCUACAGUAUGUUGUUGUUGCUUAUUUGUCUGCCUUCCAUUCCUGUAAUAACCUUUAAUUUGUUUUUAAUGCAAAUCCCUUUAUAUUAUACACAUAGUUGCAUUUGCCUGUGUCACAGCUGGGUUUAGGCUCCAGCUUGAAGGUUUUUUUGUUUCCACUUCAGACACUUGCAGAAGUACUGAAAUAAGAAGUUACAGACCUUUCAAAAUCUGGGCUUUCAAAAUCAGCUUAAAAUUGUUUCCUACCUAUGCUGGAACAUUAAUCCUUUGAUUAGUCCCUUCAACGUCCUCCUCAUUUUUAUUGCUUGUUUGAUGCUGUCCUUUACAGCAGCUGCCAGAAUAAUGAGAGGUAUCAGAGACAUCUCAGGUAACUGAACCCAAGCAAUUUUGAUCAGUCUUUGAAGAUCACAUCAUGACAAAAUUUGGACUAUAGGCUGUAGAGAUAGUGCUCAGAGACAGGUGUCUAAGCCACCAUUUCCUUUAGUGUUGUCCUACCCACUGACCUGUACAUUAUAGUGUGUGCGGGAUUCAGAGAAUAGCUUCAUAUCACUAACAAGCCGUGUGCCUGAGGCAACUUCCACCCACAAGCCAAGCAUCCCAGCUGGCCAACUUUUGCUUUCCAGCCACUAGAUGCAAUCCACUCCAGCAGCACAGUUGGUGCUGGCCAAUACAUAUGAUACCAAGCACAUUGUAGGAAGUGCUAAAUAAUUCUGUUUGGAAAAAAAGUAAAAUACAAAAUAGGGUAGAUACAAUUCAAAUUUGAAGUCAUUUACUGCAUAACCUUGUAUCAAGAGCAACACAAUCAGAAGCCUAUUGCAGUGUUAUUUCUAACAUUCUUGCCUCUUUUCCUGUUGCUUCAACUCAAUAGCAGUUUUUUCUUCCAGUAUCAUUUGAAUAAAGUGUCUCAAACUUAAUGGAAAAGCUUGGGAAGAUCCGUAAAGAUUUUUACCUGACCAACUACUAUAGCUGGGGAAAAACAGGCGGCAAAAUUUUAGAUACAUAGGCUUCCUGAUAUCUAAGAGACAGCAAAUUUUAAGCUGAGUGAGGAUCGUUUGUUCUGAGUUUAAUAUAAUGGUUUUAAUCUGUAUGAAAGAACAUUGUGACUGGCAUCUCAGAAGCAGAGGGGCAGAUGUGUCAGCAAAGUGAGAAACAAUAAGGUCAGUUGUUACUCCCAGAGGGAGCGAGAGACAUGAACAAAAAGUUGUGAGCAAGAGAAUCCAGAUAUCUCUAUUUCUAUGUUUACAAAGUAUACAAAUAGUGCUAUUUACACAUGUAUUUUACGCUUAUGUGGUGAGAAUCGAGCAGGUAUGCCUGUGCUCUGGCUUGAGCACUCAGUAACUGCUCUGAUUAGCAAUGUCUCGUGUAACAGCUGUGCAAAAUUUGGGGAAAUCAUAAUGUCCAAAAGGCAUCUGCCCUUCUCCAUAGUGUUCAGCAGGGUGCUUCAAAUAUGUAUUCAGAAUGUUUCAAUCAUUCCUACUUGUACUAGCAAUACUGCAAAACCAGCUGUCUCCAGGCCUGAAAUCAAGGGAGGAAGUGUUUCACCGAAAACGUUACAAAUAUCACUUCAUUUUAAAUCCAGUUGGAUGCCAUAAUCCUGUAUAGGUCUGUUAAUAUCCAACUAAAGGCAAAUGAAAGCAGCAUGUACAGGAACAUUACAAGGUGUUCUGCAUUUCUGCAGACAGACCUGUGGAAGCUCCUGCUACUGCAGGAGUAUUUACUGUCUUUUCCCAUUUUGUAGGCCACUUAAGAACUCAGUUAUGUCAUGCUUUUCAUUCCUAUAUAAAUACAAUCUCCUCUUUUGCUAACUUACUUAUUUUUUUCUGCUACACAUGUUCCAGUCAUUGUAUCUGACAAAAACCGAACAGAGUAAUUCCUUGUGUGUGCAUGCACACACAUUCAUCUGCUUAUAGCUGCUGCGAUCAUGUACUUUUAAAUGCAAACUAUUAAGUGCUCUGUAGUAAGAAGUUACGAGAAUAAAGCGAGGACAACUUGUUCA